GCUUGCUCAUCUCUCCCUCGCCCCCCUCGUUCUCUAUCCUACCUCGACACUCGGGCUGCCGACACUCGGCGCCGGCAAGCUCGACCUCCCACACACACCACGCUCCCUCCCGAAUCGGAUCACGACCACACUGUCCCUCUCCUUCGGCACUACCGCAUCACUCCGCCGCCGACAUCCCGCAACCUCGUCAUAGAAGGACGGAGUCGCCUGUGACGUCCGUGUGCAGCAGCACCGACGACGCAAAAGCACAGAUCUCGCCCCCGUGCCAUCUCACCAGGCACUACCGCGAAGGCAUACCGCGACCCCCAGUUCGCCGGUCGUAAGUUGCCGCAGCACUAUUUACUCAGAGCCCAAUGACAUCCCCAACCACCUCAUCUCCAUCAGCAAUCGACACAUCACGGCCUGGCAACAGACCACAGAUUUCUCUAAUACAGCCCAAGAGGACGUCACUAAACACCGCCUUGGGGCAACCGGGCACAAGCUCGUCAUCGCCAGUGUCGGCGUCGCCCCAGUCGGCGCCUUCACCGGCCGGCAGAGAGCGAGCCUUGAUAGACCAACAAGUUCGCACGCCGAUCACGUCUCUCGAAGGUCCAUCGCGACCACUAUCACCCGCCAUGACGCGCUUGCCCACCGACACCCGCGGCCGGAGAUCUACCCAUCAGCCACCCGCAGCCCACACGCACGAGCCUCCGCCAGGGAGCGAGGGUAGAGCAAGACCGAGUGAGACAACAGGCAGCGCCGAACCGAUGCUGCCUGUGCCAGCGGUUGCCCAAGGAAACAACAUUCGAUUCCAUGGCCGGUCACUGGCGGCCAACCGCCUCCGCCACGCCGCGAACAGUGUCUCAGAUUUUCUGCACAGUUUCAUCACGGCGCCUCUGCCGACCUCGAGUGGGUCCUCGGAGACAGCGGCAGGCCCACGCCCAGGGUCACCGACGCGUUCUUCGAGUCCUUCCGACGUCCUCGCGACGCCGGCGACGGAGGCGCCUCCCAGCCGGCCCAAGAUUCGGCGGGCGUCCACAGGCAUGACGCGCAGCUCGAAGGGAUCACGCGCGCCCCAGGUCGAGAGCGAUGACCCAAAGCCAGAUGCGACUCCACCCGGACCGGUCCACUUCGUUGUCGUCGACAAUGACUUUGAGCAGCUCAAGGUCGAGGUGACCGGAGCCGGUGCGGCCGAGAUAGACCAGCACUCGUCGCAUGAGGCCGAGAGCGACGAGCACGAGCCGUCGAGACCAGCGACAGGCCUCUGGCACAAGAACAAUUCGCAACUCAAUACCGGGACACAUCCCAGCCGCACCGUCUCAGAGUCGUCGAGCUUCAAGCGCCAACCCCGGAGUGCGUGUUCGCCGGAAGGCCUGCGCGACUUUGUGAAGCAUCGCAUGAUCCCCGCCAUUACCCAUUUCGCUAGCCAGAGCUUUCCUGAGCCUGCAAAAGAGAGGUUGUACCAGAGAGAGGUAUGGUACUCGGAGAAGCAAGGAGCGCUGCUCUGUUCAUUAUUCUUCAUCAUCUCGUGGAUCCUCUCCAACACGCUGCAGAUGCCGCUUGACAAGUUUCAGCUCUGGGCCUAUGUUGGACUCGCAGGUUUCUUUACCGUGCUCCUGCCAUUCGCAGUGGCAUUGGACGGCCCCCUGAAGUUUCCUUGGCUGUACCAGGUCAUUGUCUGGGGCGCGGUCUGGCCCUGGGGAUACUUCCAGGGAGUGCCAGGAUGCGGAUCAAAGUUGUUUCUCUACUACAUGGGCAUCCUGAUGGGCUUUCCGAGUAUCGCCAUCAUGGCGAUGCGGCAGAAUCGGAUCUUCCACCUCGUGGGCGUGGCAAGCUACUUCAUCUCGGCAGGAUUCCUCCUGUUCAACCAGCCCAGUGUACCGCGGCUGUUCUAUCGCAACCCGGCGAUGUUUGGGCUCUACCAUGCCUUCCUGGUUGGCACCUCCUAUGUCCGUGAACGGAACGAUCGCCAGCUGUUCCAGCUCCGUCAGCAGCUCAAGAUGCAGUAUCGGGCGGUCCAGGCCGCUCAGAUCAUGGAGCGCAAGGCUGAAGAGUCGAAGAAGCGUUUCGUCUCUUACAUCUUCCACGAGGUGCGAGUGCCACUUAACACUGCUCUCCUCGCUGUCCAGAACCUCGAGGGCGAAGGUGUCUUUAGGGAGCUCGGAGAGGGUCAGGCUGAUAUGGUCCACGGCCUUAUGGGCAGUCUUGCGAUGAUGGAGAAGGUUCUGAACGACGUCUUAUCAUUCAACCGAAUGGAAUCUGGUCGGUUCACCCAAGCGCGCAAGCCCUUCGACUUUCACAAGUCGAUUCAGCUUGUCGCCCUCAGCCACCAGGUCCAGGCUGAGCUCAAUGACAUCAAGUUCAGUGUCGAGCUCGAUCCCAGGAUUGACAUGUGUGGCGGGCUGUUCAUCGGCGACGAGAUGCGGUUGAGGCAGAUCACCUCCAACCUGGUCUCAAAUGCUCUCAAGUUUACGCACUCUGGCUCUGUUCGCGUGGUUACCAAACUCAUGUUCCCUACCUUCACCCUCCCGCCUCUUCCCCGGCGACGAACCGACUCUAGCACGAUCGUUCCCAGCCAAGAAAGCUCCAAAGUCACCAGCCCGCGGGCAGCAAUGUUUGAUGACAACUACGCUGUCAAUGACGAUCCUGAGCGCGGCAAUGUGUCGAUGGAAUCCAAAAGACAGUCCCUCAUUCGCAGAGCCAGCGAACCAGGCUCGCGCUCCAGAUCACCCUACGCCAAGCAGUCGCCGAGACUGAAGAGCACCGCAACGCAGGCCAUCCCGCCAGAGCUCGAGCGCAACUUCUCAUAUGGCACAUAUCCCUUGGACGGCGUCGCUGUGCCCAAGGUUGUCGUCCGAGUCGAGGUGCACGACACUGGCGUUGGGCUCCGCCCAGAGGAUGUCUCGGACAACAGGCUGUUCUCGCCCUACGUCCAGACGGAGAUUGGUCGUCGCCAAGGUGGCAAGGGCUCUGGCCUCGGCUUAGCCCUCGUUCGGCAGAUUGUCAAGCUGAGCGGCGGUCGGCUGGGCGUCGACUCUGAGACUGGGAAGGGCAGUAUGUUCUGGUUCGAACUGCCCUAUGCCGUGCUGGUGAACGCACCGCCGACAGCGGGUUUGGACGCACCGGGUGACGGAGGUCCCAAGAGCGACAACGCGCUGCGAGAGUCGCCUGAAGCAGGUUUCCCGACAGGUUCUACCUCGUUGCCGGGCUCGGUAGCACCGUCGGCCCAAGCCUCACCGACAGUACAUCGCACCCCUAGCAAGUCGGGGCUAGGCCGACUCCCCCCCGCCGCGUUGACUGAAUCACGUCGCCCAUCGACCGCAUCAGAGGAAGCCGCCUAUCUUCGCGCCAUUCGCAAGCGGGACUCUGCGUCGAGCGCCACAGAGGACUCGUCAAACCCUUCGUCGGCUGGAUCCAACGAUGUCGCCCCAGUUCCGAGCCCAUUGCGACGAUCUGGCCCCGACGUCCCACCCAGCUCUUCUCCCAGGCGAAGCUUAUCGGCCGGAGCUGUUCCGCUUGCUGCCUCCUCCUCCCCGCCAACGCCCUCGCCGCCCCUCGGUACAACCGGCUCGCAAGUGAUGGCUAUGGCUCCAGAGUCGACGACUGUGUCAUUCAGACCGGUCGACUGGAGCUACUUGCCGUCGUCACCCUCGCCACUAAGUUCAAGCUCGGUCCAUGUGCCGGACCCGCCGCGACUGCAGCACUUCCAGCUCCCUCCAGUGUCUACCAUCCCCGAAACGCCUGAAGGGCACCCAAGGGCCACCCCCGACAAGCCGCUCGACACGCCGGCAUUGUCAUCUAUCCCACCGUCUUCUCCUGCAGUUGAUGGCCAGGCGCCAAUGUCGGCGCUGGUGGUGGACGACGACGUCUUGACCCGCAAGCUCAUGGCACGAAUGUUGCGUCGCCUCGGCCACCAGGUCACCACGGCGGAGAAUGGCCGAAUGGCGCUCGACAUGAUCAUCGCGAGCUUCGAGCCCGGAUCAACGACCCACUACGACAUUGUCUUCCUCGACAACCAGAUGCCCAAGAUGACUGGUGUCGAGGUGGCGGCCGAGGUGCGCCGCCUAGGCCUGCCGCUGUUCAUUGUCGGAUGUACCGGCAACGCGCUCCGCGAGGACCAGGACGAGUACCUCGCCGCUGGGGCGGACGACCUGCUCCCCAAGCCUGUGCACCAGGCCAAUAUUCUCGAAAUGAUAGAGGCCGCCCGCGAGCGGAUACGCGAGCGGGCAGAAGAGUUGUCGCGCGGAGCUUCAGCGCCGACGACAACGCCCUCGACACCACACCAACACGCUUGAUUCUUUUGGGACACUCGCACCGAACAGCCAUGUUCAUGUAUCAUUAUUAUUCAUUUGUCUCGCUUCACAUACAAUAUGCAUAGGGUCGGG